CUGGUGACCAAACAUGUAAAUGCACGGCACACCACACCACAGCCCCCCUACUUUCCUCUACCUUGCAGACUGCACACUGCCUCAAGAUGGUUUCCUGUUCCUCAUCUCCACGGCCACCCAUCCCUCUCCUGCUCCUCUUCCUCCUCCACUUCUCCUCUGUCCUCGCCGUAUCAGCUCCUUCAGCCUCACAACAGGCUGGUACCGACGGCGGCGGCGGCAAUGUGUCGGAGACGGCGGCAUGGACGCCGCGGCUGAGGAAGACGUUCUUGGACGGCGGCAUCGAGCACUGGCACGGGCGGCGGCUGGUGGGGCGGUUCCAGGUGUGCGCGGUGUGCACCUGCUGCGGGGGCCCGCACGGGAUGUGCAUCCCGGCGCCGUGCUGCUACGCCAUCAACUGCAACAUCCCCAACCGUCCAUUCGGCGUCUGCUCCUUCACCCCGCGCACCUGCAACUGCCUCAAUUGCCACCUCUAGCCUAGCCUUGCCGCCAAGGAUGCCAAGGUGUGGCGAACUGCUGCUGGAUCCAUGGUUUUGAUUGUUUCGCUUUUUAAGUUGGUUGCCGAUGCAAGGGAUUCGUGGUGAGAGAUUCGUUAAUUUAGGGACCAAGUGGAAGAUUCCAUCAUUGCAUAAUACUAGUAUUGUUAGUAGUAUAUACUCUUGUCCUGCAUUGUAGUUGUAGCCAUGACUCAUAGUAAGUAGCAGUAUGGUGAUGGUUGGAUUAAUUCAGCUUUUUUGCUCUUGCUUGGUGUUGUUCAACUGUGGAUAGUAUCUAUCAUUGCAGUGUGGUACUUGUAUUAUUUUUUUCCUCAUGGCAGUAGGCAUGACCUUUGUUCUUGGAUUUUGUCAGCGGUGUGCCAAUUUCCAGUCAUCUGAAAUGGAUCAACCACAAUUCUUUUUA